CGUACCGUGCAUGUAGGGUCGCCGGCAGCAAGCAUCGUGUUCUACAAACUCUACGGAAGCCUUGCCCAGAUCCAGGCGCGCUCUCGCCCAUAUGUCAUCAAGACGCACGAAUCUUACGACGCCUCCCUCUUUCACGCGUCCCCGACGACGCCUCAUCUCUCUUCACACCCCGAUAUCGUACUUUGAUUGCCUGCGCAUCCAGCCCUCGGGACAGUCUCAGUUCACGCUUGGGACGCACAUGGAUGGGGGGCAGUAUCGAGCGGCGGGAGGAUGAGCAGUACCGCAGGGCGUACACUCCAACCCAGAUGCUGGAGCACAGCAUAUAUGCGACGGCUGUCUCAGCUUCAGAAUAAUUCGACGCAGAAAUGGUUGAAUAUAACGGUCAGCUGGUACAAGUCAGCAUAUUCUGGCUUGAGCUGACGCCGAGGUUCUAGGUGCCGGGCUAAUCCCUGCCGACAGACACGAUCUACACCGCCGUGGACCUUCAGAACGCAGAUCUGAGCGGUCAGGUCAUUCUUGUCACCGGUGCCUCCAAGGGCAUCGGCCGCGCGAUCUCCCUCGCGGUGGCACAAGCGGGCACGAUGGGCCUUGUCCUGCUCGCGCGCUCGAACCUGGACGCCGUCAAGCACCAGUACGUCGCCGGCCAGCAUCGCAGCCAUCCGCUCGAGGUGCUCCCCAUCGCGGCGGACGUCACCAACACCGACCAGGUCGCGGCCGCGGCCGCGCACAUCGAGGCGACGUUCGGGCGCAUCGACGUCGUUCACAAUGCGGGCUACCUCGAGCGCUGCGGCCGCAUCGCGGACAGCGACCCUAGGGGAUAGUAGAUGGCCUGGAGCACCAACGUACGCGGGACGUACAGCGUCAUGCGCGCCUUUCUGCUGCUGCUCGUCUAGCGUGGCGGCGACAGGACGAUCGUGAACGUCUCCAACACCGGCGCACACACACCUUCAGCCCGUAGUACUCUGCGUAUUUGGUGAGCUCGUGUCGUGCCGCUCUCACCCUUGCCUCGGGAUCUGACCAUCUUGGCGUUCGUCGAAGCCCGCGCUGCUGCGCUUCACCGAGUUCAUCAACGUCGAGUACGGCGCUCAAGGCGUCCUCGCGUCCUCGGUCCGUCAAGUCCAACAUGUCUCUGAGCAUGCCGGACGUCGACACCCCCAGGCUUGCCGCGCACACGAUCGUGUGACUCGUCCGCGAACGCCGCGACUGGUUUGCCGGGUGGUUCAUGGACGCUCGGUGGGACGUGGAGGCGCUGGUUGCGAAGAAGCAGGAGGUCGCCGGAGGAGACAAGCUGAAGGUCGGCAUGGUCAUGUAACAUUAAUGUGUGCUGUCCCGAUGUGUCCGUGCGCUAGGGUUAUGCCUGAGUAGCCGGAGCCGAACAUUAUGGCGCAUGACUCGCAUUGUAUUUUUGAUUGUGGUCUUCUAUAGAGACAUACGUGUUGCACAAUUGAAUGAAGACAUGAAGACAGCC